CGCGGGCGUCUGAUGAGUUCUAUAAAUCAAAGAGAUCGCGGAGAAUCUCCUUUUCCAUUCCUGACGUCAAGCCGGGAACCACUCCAAGAUAUCCUAUCCAUCACUUGUCCUCAGUCCUGACGGUUAAUUGCUUGCAGUUGAUUGCCGGAACGAAUGGCGGCCAUUGAACUCUUCAAAUACCCCAUCUCCUCUCCAGCCGAUACGUCGCCACUGCAAUGCCUCGAGGACGAGGGUUACAGUGCUUCCGAUAUCAUUGCAGUGAUCGGAAAGACCGAAGGGAAUGGUUGCGUCAAUGACUUCUCACGAACGUUAAGUGCACAUGUCUGGGAAUCGAAAAUCCCUUCAUCCGCUGUGACCGUGUUCUCAGGGGGAACGGAAGGAGUCCUCUGUCCCCAUGUUACAUUUCUAGUUCGAGCAAGACAACAGACUGGUCUGCUUGCCUGCUCAGGGCAAACACGAGAAUUCCGACCUCAUGAAGUUGGUACAAACGUCCAGAGCCGGGAGGUUGCUCGCACGAUCUCCGAGAUGAUCGAUAAAGCUGGGAUCACGAAAGAGUCUGUGCAUCUGGUCCUCAUUAAAUGCCCUCUUCUCACGUCCACGGCUAUCGACUCAAUCCGGAAAGCUGGACAGAGUCCUGUUACUACAGACACCUACGAGUCAAUGGCAUUUUCUCGGUAUGCUAGUGCGGUGGGGAUCGCGCUGGCUUUGGAUGAAAUUCAACCAGACAUGGUAUCGGCGGCGCUACAGUCUCCGGAAGAAGGAGCAGUGUGGAGCUCUCGAGCCAGUUGUAGCUCCGGCGCAGAGCUCAACAACUGUCAUAUUAUGCUUCUAGCUUCUGAUCCCCGGGAAACAAAAGGUCGACUGCGAGCUACGUCAGGAUACAUGAAGGAUGCAAUGGACGCCGGUACUUUGCUGGGCAUACUGAACAAGAUCCGCCAGGAAAAGGGGGAAGUAGUCCAAGUAUUCGCUAAAGCGGAGGCUGACCCUUCAGGGUCUAUCAGAGGACUUCGACAUACUAUGAACACCGACAGCGACAUUCACAGCACGCGGCAUGCGCGCGCGGCAGUUGGGGGAUUGGUAGCAGGACUGGUGGGAGAUUCGGCAGUGUACAUAAGCGGAGGUGGAGAAGGACAAGGUCCCCCGGGAGGAGGAAGUCUCUGUGUCAUUUAUUCAUGCCCGUAGCUGGGAAUGUCCCCGUAGUGAAUUGGAGAACUUGGAAGAGACUUGGUGAAUUGCCGACCGUUGCAGCGUAUUCGCGUGGCUCGCCGACAACGCGCAUCGUCGCGUCCAACCCGUAAACAGAAACCAUUCGCCAGUUCCUCCACGUUUCAGCUGCGAUACUCC